AUGAAGUUCGGCGAGCAGCUGCGGUCAAGCGUUAUCCGCGAAUACCAAUGGUACUACAUCGACUAUGACGGCCUCAAGGCCGAUCUCAAGCGGCCCAGCGGGCGCUUCCAGCCCGCCGACGGCAACGGCAACGGCGACAGCACGCAGCCCGGCAAGCCGCCGCGCCGCGAGUGGACCGAGGACGAUGAGAGCCGCUUCGUGAGCAAGCUCGAGGCGGAGCUCGAUAAAGUGCACACCAAGCAGCAGGUCAAGGCCAUGGAGAUCUCGCGCCGCAUUGCCGUCAGCGAACGCGAGGUCCGCGAUGUCGUCAACCGCCUUAACGAGCGCGGGCUCGGCCAGGAAGGCCCCAGCGAGGAGGAGUUCAUGAUGCUGGAGGAAGACCUUAGCGACAUCAUUGCCGACGUCCACGAUCUGGCCAAGUUUGUGCAGCUCAACUACACGGGGUUUUACAAGAUCAUCAAGAAGCACGAUAAAAUGACAGGGUGGCAUCUGAGACCCGUUUUCGACACUCGGCUCAAGGCGAAGCCGUUUUACAAAGAGAACUACGACGCCUCGGUUGUGAAGCUGUCGAAGCUCUACGACCUGGUUCGGACGAGAGGAAACCCGGUCAAGGGCGAUAGCGCGGCCGGAGGAAGCCAGGGCAGCUUCAUCCGGCACACUACGAAAUACUGGGUCCAUCCCGACAACGUGACGGAGCUGAAGCUAAUCAUCCUGAAGCACUUGCCCGUACUGGUGUUCAACGCGGGCAAGGAGUUCGAGGAGGCGGACUCGGCCAUCACUUCCAUAUACUACGACAACCCGGACACGUGGGACCUGUACGAGGGGCGGCUGAAGAAGACAGAAGGUGCCGAGGCGAUCCGGCUGCGUUGGUACGGCGGCAUGCAGACCGAGACGAUUUUUGUCGAGCGCAAGACGCACCGAGAGGACUGGACGGGCGAAAAGUCGAUCAAGGCGCGGUUCUCGCUGAAGGAGAAGAACGUGAACGCCUAUCUGCGUGGCGAGCUCCUCCCGGCGGCCAUCUUCGAGAAGGCGCGGAAAGAGGGCAAGAAGUCCGAGAAAGCCAUUGCCGAGGACGAGAGGCUGGCGCGCGAGAUCCAGUGGUCCGUUCUCAAGAAGGGCUACAAGCCGGUAUGCCGGUCGUUCUACCACCGCACCGCUUUUCAGCUGCCCGCCGAUGCGCGCGUGCGUAUCUCGCUCGACACCGAGCUCACGAUGGUCCGCGAAGACAACCUCGACGGCGUGAAGAGGUCGGGCGACAACUGGAGGCGCAUGGACAUUGGCAUCGACUACCCCUUCUCGCAGCUGCCGCCCGGGGAUGUGGUUAGGUUCCCCUAUGCUAUUCUCGAGGUCAAGCUCCAGACACAGCUCGGCCAGGAGCCCCCAGAAUGGGUGCGCCAGCUGACCUCCAGCCACUUGGUGGAAGCGGUGCCCAAGUUCUCGAAGUUUAUCCACGGUGUGGCCUGCCUAUUCCCCGACAGGAUAAACCUGCUCCCGUACUGGAUGCCGCAGAUGGACGUCGACAUCCGGAAGCCGGUGACGCACGAUUUCGGCAUCAAGAGGUUAGAGCACUCGACAACGACGUCGUUAACGGACGACGAGGAUGACGAGUAUGACUCGGACGAUGAGCACCGGCCCGCGACUGCUGGGGGACAAACUGGCGAGUCUAGCGCUGCAGCGGCGAGGAACGGACAGGCGGCAGUCCGGGCGACGGAUCUCGAGGACCAGACCGCCGACCAACCGACGGGCGAGGAUACCUACCUCUACGACUCGGACGACGAGGAUGAUGAAGACAGGCUGGAGGAGGCGCGGAGAGUUGGCGGCUGGACAUACUACCAGACGCGCAUUUCCACGUCGGCGAACGCUGCCCUCCGCGGCACGUGGUCGUUGCUCAAGGCCCUGGCGCCGCGGCCACGGUCGACGCCGAUGCCGCGCAACGCGAGACUGGAAUCGCUGCUCGGGUCAGGGGAGAUCCAGCAGAGGCGGUUCAAGGCGCCCAAGGGCAAGAAGAUCUACGUUCCCGUGCGAGUCGAGCCGAAGGUGUAUUUCGCUGCCGAGAGGACGUUCCUGUCAUGGCUUGAAUACUCCAUCUACAUCGGCACCAUCGCCGUGACACUCCUCAACUUCAGCACCAAACAGGGCAACGCGGCGUCGUUUGUCGCCGCGGGCGCCUUCACGCUGCUCGCGCUCAUGUCGCUGUGCUACGCCGUCGUCAUCUACCUGUAUCGCAGCAAGGCCAUCCGCAUGCGCAAGACGGCUCGCUACUACGACAAGUGGGGGCCGAGCGCGCUGUGUGCUGCGCUGUUCGUGGCGGUCGCGCUGAACUUUGCUAUGGAGGGGAAGAGUAGGCAUGUCUGGUAG